AUGAACAGUAUCUCGAAUACCCAACCAGGCUAUCCUACGCCGCCCAGGUCGCCCUCUAAUGGCUCAGUCGACGUUGGAAGCCCACCUGCUAUCACCGUUAUCGCUUCCUCUCGGGCUGUGAGAUCUGGCAGGGUCUCUGCCGCUACAUUUGUCAUCUCUAAUGAGACGGGCAAGAUCCUGUCCACUUACGACUCCGUUGUUCCCCAGUCCAACUUUUCGCCGGGUACCCCAUACACAGACUACUCUCCGCACAUUCUGCUUCCUGGCCUCGUUGAUGCCCAUGUCCAUCUCAACGAGCCGGGCAGAACAGAAUGGGAGGGUUUCUACACCGGCACGCAGGCCGCGGCGUUCGGUGGUGUGACGACUGUGGUUGAUAUGCCUCUCAAUGCCAUCCCGCCUACCACAACUGUGGCCAAUUUGCAAGAAAAGAUCGACGCUGCUCAAGGCAAGUGCUGGGUAGAUGUUGGCUUUUACGGCGGCAUCAUCCCCGGCAACGAGAAACAGUUGAAAGGCCUAGUACAAGCUGGUGUUCGUGGCUUCAAAGGCUUCAUGAUUGACAGCGGUGUGGAAGAGUUUCCAGCGGUCUCUUCCGACGACAUUCGAAAGGUCUUUGAGGAGCUCGCUGAUGAGCCCACCACCGUUAUGUUUCAUGCAGAGAUGAUUCCGCCCAUUACGGACUCCGUGGGAGACGAUGUUCAAACCUCUCUUCCACCACUGGCGCCUCAUGGGCCGCUCGACGUGUACAACACCUUCCUGGAGUCAAGACCCCCAGCGUUCGAAACAUACGCGGUUGAGGAAAUUCUGUCGUUAGCACCUCUUGCUCCCAACCUUCCUCUGCACAUCGUCCACUUGUCAGCCAUGGAGGCCAUUCCACUUCUGCGAGAAGCUCGUGCGCGCGGCGUCAACAUAACAGCCGAGACAUGUCCUCACUAUCUAUCGCUGGCAGCGGAGCAAAUUCAAAAGGGCGAUACUCGGCAUAAAUGCUGCCCGCCCAUCCGCAGCCAAACGAACCAGGAUACGUUGUGGGACGAGUUGGUGCAGCACGCUGAUGAAGGCGUUAUUAGGACAGUAGUUUCAGAUCACUCGCCUUGCACGCCAGACCUCAAGCUUCUGCCAACCAGCGUCCCUGGGCAUGUCUGCGCAUCGCAUAAUGCGGUCAUGCCCAAGGGCGAUGAUGGAGAUUUCUUUUCUGCUUGGGGUGGGAUUUCCUCCGUGGGCCUGGGCCUGCCAAUACUAUGGACCGAAAUGACCCGCCGCGGUAUGACUUCGGAAGCGAACUUCGACACAGCAAUCACAGAUCUGGUACGGUGGUGUGCCAAGCACACGGCCGUUCAAGUUGGUCUUGAGAAAUCAAAGGGUGCUCUUGCUGUUGGCUUCGAUGCUGAUUUCUGCGUUUUUGAUGAGAGCGCAGAGUGGACCGUUGAGCCCAGUACGAUGCUGUUCAGAAACAAAUGCAGUCCUUAUCAGGGUCGCACAAUGACGGGUAUGGUGAAAAAGACGAUCCUCAGGGGUCAGGUCAUUUUUGACAGGGACGCUACCUCAGAGACUCAUGGUGGCUUCGUGGGAAAAGCAUGCGGAGGCAAGCUGCUACUGGAGCCGCGGAAGAAAACUCCAACAAAGGGGAAGAGCACUUAA